AUUAGUGACAAUAAACUGUCGUUACGGUGCCGUUCCACCAGUUCGACGCUGAGAAGUUUUUAAAAGGGCUUUGCAGCGUACUAAUAUAACUGUGACAAAUCGUGACAGGUACCAGUGCGUGAUUUCUAUGUGAUCACCACUUCGUUAUUGUUCAGCCUUUGUCACUCAAAAACAGGUACUUUGAAACGCCAUCGAAAGCAGCCCAUCAGCAGGCUUCAAGGCUGUGAUCCAGUUGAUAUUCACCUAGCUUCAGAAACAGACAAAAUGUCCUACAAAGACGGCAGACCCGAAAUGUUUCAAUGGGAGGUUAAGGACGACAUCGUCCUUAGUGGAAUAUCCGGUUAUUUUCCCCAGGCCGAUGGAAUUGAAGAGUUUCAGCAGAAACUUUACAACGGGGUGGACAUGGUUACCGACGACGAGGUGCGUUGGCCACGCGGGAUGUACGGCCUACCCGAAAGGGCUGGCAAGAUCAAGGAUCUGUCAAAGUUCGAUGCACAAUUCUUUGGAGUACACCCCAAACAGGCGCAUCUCAUGGACCCUCAGCUGAGGCUGUUCCUUGAGACUGCAUACGAAUCGAUUGUAGAUGCCGGAUACGAACCUUCUACUCUUCGAAGGAAGAAGAUCGGUGUAUAUAUCGGCGCUUCGGAAUCGGAGUCAGGCGAGGCACUCGAUCAAAACGCUGACGAAAUCAAUGGUUACUCACUGGUCGGAUGUUGCCGCGCUAUGUUCGCAAACCGCAUUUCCUAUUCUCUAGAUUUCACUGGGCCUUCGUUCACCGUAGAUACUGCGUGCUCUGCAGCCAUGACAGCUUUCACGCAGGCUGUUAUUGCCAUCCGUUCAAAUCAGUGUGAGGCUGCCAUUGUGGGUGGUUCCAACCUGUGCUUGAAGCCCAGCAACGCCUUAAACUUCCAUCGCCUGUCAAUGUUGAAUCCUGAUGGUAUGUGCCGUGCCUUUGAUGAAAAUGGUAAAGGAUACGUACGUUCAGAAACGGUUGGCUGCGUCUUUCUGCAGAAGCGAGCAGACGCGCGUCGUGUGUAUGCAACGGUGGUGCACGCCAAAGCUAAUGCUGACGGCUUCAAGAACGAAGGAAUUACGUUUCCCGGAGGUCACACCCAAGAGAUCCUUUUGAGGGAAGUGUACUCCGAGGCCAAGGUUGACCCAAGGAAAGUGGCUUACGUUGAAGCACAUGGAACUGGAACAAAGGUUGGAGAUCCUCAAGAAUCGGGCGCUCUUUAUAACGUGUUUUGUAAGGGCCGCAAAGGAUGUCUUUAUGUUGGCUCAGUGAAGUCUAACUGCGGACAUGCUGAAAGCGCCUCCGGUAUGUGCUCCUUGGCGAAGGUGGUUACAUUGUUGGAAACCGGCGUUAUCCCUCCGAACUUGCACUACGAGAACCCUAACCCUAAUAUUCCUGCUCUGAUAAACGGAUCCAUAAAGGUCGUUCACGAAGCUACUCCGUUUCCUGGAGGAUGCGUUGGUUUGAACUCAUUCGGUUUUGGCGGUGCCAAUGUGCACGUCAUCCUUGAGCAACACAAGGGAGAGCACGUCAACUCGGUGACACGCCAAAAACCUCAUAUACCCCGCCUCGUACUGGCUUGCGGCCGUAACGAGGAAAGUCUUGAAAUCGUUCUACAGCGUUUGGCCACUGAAAUUUUACCAGAUGCAGCUUAUGAUCUUCUUAACAGAGUAAAUAAAGCACCUAGCCAUUUGAUGACUAGGAGAGGUUUUGCAAUUCUGCCACCUUCCGGUGAACCUGUCAUUGUCCAAGAUAACGCCGAACUAACAAAGCGACCCAUUUACUUUAUCUACACUGGUAUGGGUGCACAGUGGCCCACCAUGGCUCGCCAAAUGAUGGAAUUUGACGUGUUUGCCAAAUCGAUUCGCAAGUCCCACAAGUUGCUCGAGCCUCUUGGAUUCGAUCUCUUGCAGAUUUUGACUGGAGACAAAAUCCAAAUUACCACGACGGUGGUACCGUUUGUCUCAAUCGCCGCUGUUCAGGUAGCGCUCACGGAUUGUUUGCUUGCAGUGGGUAUCCGCCCCGAUGGAAUUGUUGGACACUCGGUCGGUGAAUUGGGUUGCUCAUACGCUGAUGGAGGCUUCACCGCAGAGCAGACAGUGCUGGCUGCCUAUUGGCGUGGCAAGUGUAUAGAGAUCUCGGAUCUGCCUAAGGGCGCCAUGGCUGCCGUCGGCUUGACGUGGGAGCAGGUUUCGAAAAGAUGCCGCGAUGGUGUAACGCCGGCUUGCCAUAACAGUGAGGAUUCUGUCACGAUCACGGGACCUGCAGAGGCUGUGGAAUCUAUUUGCACUGAACUCAAAGCCGAAAACAUUUUCGUCCGCGAAGUUAAUUCCAAUGACGUUGCCUUUCAUUCUGUGUACAUGGAACAGAUUGCUCCGUUGCUUCGAGCCGCUCUCAACAAGCUAGUCCCCGUUGCUAAACCCCGCUCGGCGCGUUGGAUUUCGUCCUCCAUCCCUAAAAGCCGCUGGAACGAACCCAUUGCCAAAACCUGUUCUGCUGAGUACCACGUCAACAACCUGGUAUCGCCCGUACUGUUCAAGGAAGCGCUCGACCUUCUGCCUGACAAUGCGAUUUGUAUCGAAAUAGCUCCACAUGCCCUGCUUCAAGCCAUCCUCAAGAGGAGUCUUAGUCCCAGGUGCGAUUCCGUCGGACUGAUGAGGAAAAACACCGAUAACUUUGUCACCUUUUUGACCGCCCUAGGAAAGCUUCACAUGUUGAAUGUCGACAUUGAUAUGUCGGCGUUAUACCCCAAGGUUGAGUACCCGGUUCCGCGAGGGACACCGAACCUUUCAAGAUUUGUUGCUUGGGAUCACGGUCUCGACUGGCGAGUGUGCAAAUGGAACGACUUCGAAGGAGCUUCCAGCUCAGCGGAAGAUGUUACCGAAGUUGAUCUGUCUAACGAGGAAUGUCCAGAAAAAUAUAUGGAAGGUCACAAAAUUGAUGGUCGUGUGCUUUACCCUGCUACUGGUUACAUGAUCCUUGCAUGGAAGGCCCUCGCUAGGCGGCUUGGUAAGCAAUGGACUGAUAUGCCAAUUAUCUUCGAGAACGUCACUCUGCACCGUGCUACAAUCUUGCCGAAAACCGGAAGCGUCCGGCUUUUUGUAAACAUUAUGGUCACCACUGGACAGUGGGAGAUUACUGAAAGCGGAAUGGUCGCGGCUUCUGGAAAAGCGUACGUUCCUGAGAACGCAGCAUUUCUCGAUUCUUACAUUCCUGUGGUACCCGAAACAGUCAAAUACGAACUCGAAGGAUCAGAUAUCUAUAAGGAACUCAGUUUGCGUGGAUACGAGUACCACGGGAUGUUUCGCGGCAUCGCUCAAGCUGAUAUUAACGCUCCGUUCGGUAAGUUAAAGUGGGCAGAUAACUGGGUUACCUUCCUCGACACCAUGUUGCAGUUUACGAUCCUUGGCAAUAAGUACAGAACCCUAAACCUCCCCGUGAGAGUCAGCCAGUGUCGCAUUGAUCCCGUUGCUCACGCUAAGGCUGUCCAACACCAACCUGAAAGCCUUACGGUCUAUUACGAUAAGGAAAUGAACACCUGUCUGGCUGGAGGAGCUGUUAUUAAGGGCCUUAAAGCUAACAUAGCUCCCAGAAGAAACGCACAGGCCGCUCCGUUCCUCGAGGAGUACCACUUUACGCCCAAUACUAUGGAAGUUAGCGAUACGACCAACGAAGAGUACGUGAACGCAUGCAGCACGAUUUUGAGUCGCAUCCUAAAAAAGGAAGGUCAAAACAAGACUGCAAUAAUGAACGGAUUCUUUGAGGUAUCUGAGGAGGUAAUCCAGAAGUAUAUUACCAUGCACAGCGUCCAAGGAGUAGUUAUAAAGCUGCUUGCUGAAGUACUUGAAUUAGUUGAAAAUGGACAACCCAUCAAUGGUGCUUUGCGUAACGCCUUCCAGGGCCGUAAGGAAGAGAUUCAAUAUGAUCUUCUCAACGCAUCGCUAUGGAACGAGAGAAAUCUCAGGCCUUUAAUGGAUAUAGUCGUCGAAAAUGUUUCUGGCAGGAAACUUCGCAUCACUGAGAUUAACACUGACAAUGGCCCCAUGGGUAAAAAGGUUAUUGAGAACAUUAAUCUAUCACACAUUGGGUAUAGCGUAGACUAUACCGUGGCUCAUCCAAAUCCUAGCAGCAUUUCUGAGGAAAACCUACCCAGUGGAGCUAAAAGCAAAUCAUGGGAUAUUUCCUCGGAACCCAGUGGCAUAUCAGCCGAUAAUGAUCUCGUUGUGCUGAAGAAUGUAGCUGUACCUAUAACUGAGCUUCCUAACGUCUUGAGGAAGGUCUCUGGCUUCCUAAAAAACGCCGGCUUUGUAUUUAUCAAUCAUCGCCACGCAAUUUCGACCACAGAGAAGUUCCUUAGUACCGUGAUCGAUUUCGAUGUUAACGCCCAAAAACUGACGGAUAUUAAGACCGCUUUGAAAAGUGCCGGAUUCGAAUAUAUCGCAUCGCGAACAAACAGCACAUCAGCAAGCUUUCUGGCACGGAAGCCAAACAACACGCAGACCAAUAAACAUACAUUCUUGAAGGUCAAGAACGGAGAGUACGGCUGGGUGGAGCUUCUGAAGACGAAGCUUCAGGAGUUCGAGGGCAAGCCACAAGGUGAAAACAUUUGGCUGUUCGCAGAAGACGUCGGGGACAGCGGAAUUGUCGGCCUCGUCAACUGCCUUCGCCAAGAGGUUGGUGGCUCACAUGUAAGGGCCAUUUUCGACGCUUCUCGUACAAACAAACGCACGAUUCCUGAUUUUUCAUUUGCCCAUACCUUCUACAAAGGGAUCGUGGCUAAGGAUCUAGUGAUGAACGUCUUCCAGAAUGGCGAAUGGGGAACCAUGCGUCACUUUACCCUGGACGCAAUGGAGAAGACUUUGAAUUAUAUCUCGACGGAGCAUGCCUUCUUGAACGUACAGACUCGAGGUGACCUUAGCUCGCUGAAAUGGUAUCAGUCACCAAUCACACGCAACCUGCCCGAAACCAGUCAAGUCCUAUGCAGUGUCUAUUACGCUCCUUUGAACUUCCGUGAUAUCAUGUUGGCCACCGGUAAACUUCCGCCGGAUGCGCUUCCAGGAGAUCUAGCCGUUUCUGAUUGUGUGCUUGGACUCGAAUUCUCUGGCCGGGAUCCUCAGGGACGGCGUGUCAUGGGUCAGGUUCCUGCAGAGGGCUUGGCUACCUCAGUCAUUGUGGACCCCGUUUUUCUAUGGGAAAUUCCGGAUGCAUGGACCUUGGAACAGGCAUCCACCGUGCCGGUCGCAUACUCUACCGCUUACUAUGCCUUGGUUAUCCGCGGUCGUUUGCGUAAGGGUGAAACUAUUUUGGUCCACUCUGGUUCUGGUGGAGUGGGCCAGGCCGCGAUCAGCAUCGCUCUCAGCAUGGGAUGCACAGUCUAUACCACUGUGGGAUCGCAAGAGAAGCGCAAUUUUUUAAAAAAUAGAUUCCCUCAACUCAAGGACAACAACUUCGCAAACUCGCGUAACCUGUCCUUCGAGAAACACAUUAUGCACGAAACUCGAGGCCGAGGCGUUGAUCUAGUCCUUAAUUCGCUCGCUGACGACAAGCUGCAAGCUUCAAUUCGCUGUCUCGCCAACCAUGCUCGAUUUUUAGAAAUCGGAAAAUUCGACCUUAGCAAUAAUUCGGCUCUAGGAAUGGCCGUCUUCCUUAAAAACAUCACCUUCCACGGAAUCCUACUUGACGCCCUGUUUGGCAGCGACCCGCACGUCGCCCAUGAUAAACUCGAAGUGGUUCGCCUAGUUACCGAAGGAAUUAAGAGUGGAGCAGUACGUCCGCUUGACACCCACGUGUUUGAUAAAGAGCAAGUGGAAGAAGCUUUCCGUUUUAUGGCUUCUGGAAAACACAUGGGCAAAGUUGUUAUCAAAAUUCGCGACGAAGAACAGCAGAAAUUGGUCGUUCCCUCACCGAUGAAAGUCAGCGCUGUCACACGUACCAGCUUCUCGAACAAGAAGACUUUUAUUAUUACAGGAGGCCUCGGUGGUUUCGGGCUUGAGCUUGCUGACUGGAUGAUUAGCCGAGGAGUUCGAUCGUUGAUCCUCACUUCUAGAUCUGGAAUUAAAACCGGCUAUCAGAAGUACGCUAUAUGCCGCUGGCAGAAGGCAGGAGUUAAGGUGCAUGUUCUUACGAAUGAUGCAGCGACCCUUGAUGGGGCAACGAAGCUUCUGAUAGAAGCAAAGAAAAUCUUUGGACAACCUAUCGGCGGUAUCUUUAAUUUGGCUAUGGUGCUUCGAGAUGCGCUCAUUGAGAACCAAAGCGCAAAAGAUUACGCCAUUGUAUCAGCCCCUAAAGUAGAGGGUACAAAGAACCUCGACGUUGCUGUCCGUAAAGAGUGUCCUGAGCUGGAACACUUCGUAGUGUUCUCUUCAGUGUCGUGUGGACGAGGAAACGCAGGGCAGACUAAUUACGGCUAUGCUAACUCGGUAAUGGAACGUAUUUGCGAGCAGCGCAGAGCUCAAGGACUUGCUGGACUCGCCAUCCAGUGGGGUGCUAUUGGAGAUGUCGGUGUCGUCCUUGAAACGAUGGGCGGUAACGAAACUGUUGUAGGAGGUACCUUGCCCCAGAGGAUUAUUUCGUGCUUCAAUGUUAUGGAUCAGUUCAUGGCGCAGGAUCACCCAGUGGUUUCUUCAUUGGUGAAAGCGGAAAUCGUAAAGACAGCGGCUGGCAGCAGUAGCGCUGACUUGUGCGCCAGCGUCGCCCAUGUCCUCGGAGUGAAAGAUGCUUCUAAACUAAACCAAAACACCACUCUCGGAGAACUUGGUAUGGAUUCGCUGAUGGGAGUCGAAGUUAAGCAACUUCUGGAAAGGGAACUUGAUGUCCACCUAACGAUCCAGGACAUUCGCACUCUAAAUAUGGCGAAAAUCAAGGAAAUGCAAUCCGGAGUGGGUCCAGUAGCUGAUGUCCCAGCUGCUACCGAACCAACUGCAAACGCUGCAUUCACUGAAAAGAAAAUCGAGGCGUCUAUCAUUCAGCAACAGCAACACCAUUCAGAAGCAAUAGCCGACGUGCCAAAGAUUGUGCUCAAAAAGCAGCUUAUCGCCACACAACCCCUACUUCAGAUGAAUUCGGUUAAGAGAACCGAUGAGCCUAUUUUCCUGUUACACCCGAUUGAGGGUAAUGUGGACAACCUAAUGGAACUCGCCAGCAAACUGGAACGACAGGUUAUCGGAAUCCAACGUACUGCUGAUGUGCCCAUUACAUCAAUCCAGCAGCUCGCAGUGUCUUACAUGCCAAAAAUGAUCGCGAAGCAGCCGAAGAAUAAGCCGUUCCACAUUGUCGGAUACUCGUUUGGCGCCACCGUAGGCUUCGAGAUUGCGUGUCUUUUACAAAAGCAGGGAUAUAAAAUAAACAGCCUUGUCCUACUUGACGGCGCGCCUACGUUCCUUCUCGCUCACACGGCAGCGCAUAAAAGCCGAACUCCCGAUAUCGAUGGCGAAGAAACUAGCGCUUUGUGCGCGUUCAUAAUGCAAUACAUCGACAUCGAUUACCUUAAGCUGAAAGCGACCCUCGCAAAAAUCGCUGGCUGGGAAGGUAAGCUUAACUACGUCACGGACAUGCUUCUGCAGAGUAAAGAACUUAACAAGGAUGACAAGCCGUCAGCUGAACAGAUCGGUCUCGCUGCACGGGCUUUCUAUGAUUUCUUACUCUGUGGCAAUAAUUACAAGGUGAUUCACAAUUUCGACGGCGAUGUCACACUUGUGAAAGUGUCGCGCCUUCGGAAUAUGGCUGCUCGCCUUCCCGAAGACUAUGGCCUCUCAAGCUGCGUAUCAGGCAAGGUGACCGUUCACGUUGUCGAAGGCAAACAUGAAGACUUUGUUCUUGGCAAGGGCGCCCAGGCGUGCGCCAAUAUCAUCAAUGCUGUCACAACUAUUUAGAUCGGUUGUUCUAUCUAGGCCAGCAGGAGUCCAAGUAAAAAAAUAUAUAUUUAUAAGAACAAGUACGUUUUAAAGUGAUACCUACGUUUAGGAACGAGAUCAAGAACUGAAUAUAAAAACAACGACUCAAUUCAAUAGGUAGUUACCAAAAGUUGCUAGGCAAUAAAGCUUUAACAUUUAUGUAAUGUCUAUGACACUGGAGAAACAUUAGGCAUAGCUGAGCGUAUUGCUUUGAGCGCCGAGUCACAAAAAUGCCGCCACCGAAAUCGAGCCUCGAGGCUCGAAUGGGCAAAGCCGCUAGCUACGUCUGUGAUAACCCAGGUUUACUUAUGCAAGGUAUUCGCAAUGUAUAUACAUUUAAUCUAAAUUAUUUAAAAUAUGAGUUGUUCAAUGCUACCGGGAGCUAGACGUGUCAACAAAUGCUAAAUACUAUUGAAAUACGAAUUAAAUCUAAAAUUUAGCAAUUUGUGGGCUGCUUAUAAAUAAAAGCAGAAUUUUCAUCUAACGGUAAAGAAGA